AUGGGAAGAGGUAGGGUUCAACUGAAACGGAUCGAGAACAAAACAAGUCAACAAGUAACAUUCUUCAAAAGAAGAACUGGACUUCUCAAGAAAGCUAAUGAAAUUUCUGUUCUUUGUGAUGCUCAAGUCGCUUUGAUUAUGUUCUCUACCAAAGGAAAACUCUUCGAGUAUUCCUCGGCGCCAAGCAUGGAAGAUAUUUUGGAAAAAUAUGAGAGACAAAAUCAUACAGAACUUACUGGAGCUGCUGCUACCAAUGAAACACAAGGAAAUUGGACUUUUGAAUACAUGAAGUUAACUGCUAAAGUUCAAGUCUUGGAGAGGAACUUAAGGAAUUUUGUGGGACAUGAUCUGGAUCCUUUGAGUGUGAAAGAGCUUCAGAGUUUGGAGCAACAGCUCGACGCAUCGCUAAAGCGCAUCCGAACAAGAAAGAACCAAGUUAUGAAUCAGUCCAUCUCAGAGCUGCAUAAAAGGGCAAGAGCAUUGCAGGAACAAAACAGCAAGCUAGCAAAGACAAAGGAGAAAGAGAAGAUAGUGAAUGAACUUCCACCACAGAGAUGCCUUGAAACCAUAGGCACAGGGCAAUGUUCAUCCACCCUCAACUUAGGUUUUCAACCACAGAUUCUACCACCUCAACGAUUGGUUCCUUCUCUAACUCUCAGUGGGGCUAUACAAGCAAGAGGGUCAUUGGAAUUUGAAGAAACGGGUGAAGCUCAAACUGUUCCAAUCAGCAAUAAUAAUAGUCUUAUUCCAGCAUGGAUGCUACAACAUCUUGCUAACUAG